UUCUGCCCAUGCCACACUGCCUUGAAGUGCUCAGCUCAUUACGUGUCACAGAUGACUAAAGCUCCUCAGCUCCCAGCACAGAAGCACUCCCCAGCUGCACUGGGAUUGCUGCUGAAGCUCCUCAGCUCAUCCCUGAUGCACAGCAACUGCAAACCAAGCAGCAUGUGGAGGAAUUGGGGUACAGAGCCCCCAAAGAUCCCACCUCCUUCUUCAUCUCCCCCUCCUCAACUCUCACUCCUGAAGGAAAGCACCAUUCCCACCUUCCAGGUGUCUUGCAGUGUUAAACCCAUGGGUUAGAUGCAUCUUUGGGCUCGUGGCUCUGCACCUGGGGGGCAGAGGAGGGCUUUGGCACAGGCAGCUCCAGGGAUGUGUGCAAAGGCUUCCGUGACCCUCCCUUGCAGCCACAUUUCCCAGGUGGGCACCCGAACUGCUAGCUCUCUGUGGCCACGACGGAGUUACCCAGGCGCCAGCCCAGCUAGCACAUUGUUCCACGCGUACGCCCUGUUCUGCUCCGGCUUCGUCAAUAUUGGCUCCUGCCUCGCUGUGUGGGAACUUGUUUUCCUGGUGCAACAAAGCAACCUUGUGCUGUGUGCUGGCAGCUGGCUCGGAGGGCUCCCAGGGACCUGCUCUGAAGCUGUUUCUGAAGAGAAAGAAGACAGGAUGCAGAACAGCUCCAUUACGCUCAGGCUGCACAGCUUACAGCUUCCCCUUUCCAGCACCUGGAAAUACGGAAUCAUGGCAUUAGCCAUCCUCUUGCUCCUGGGGGCCCUGACUAUCCUAGCUUACCAGAUGUGCCAGCUGCAGAAGCACAGGAGGACUGGGAAGAAGAAGAAAUGUGACAGCGGAGAUGGGGUGAGGAUGAGGGCAGAGAAUGGCCUGUGGGGGAAGAAGAUGCUGCCUCUUCUGCUUGACAGCAGCCAGCAGAGCGACACAGAUAUGGAGGCACGUACAGCAGUGCCGGGCAAGGCUGAGAGCCAUAUGAAGUCUGGUGCUGAGAUGGUGGAGCUGGGAGUGGGGCUGGAUGCACCCCAACCCUGCCUCUCCUGCAGAAUUACUGAAGACGCAAGCAGUGACCCAAGCCCCCUGCCCAGCUCCCGGGGCAGCCUGAAGUUCUCCCUCCUGUACCACAGGGAGCAACGUGAGUUGCUGGUGAGCGGCCUGGAAGUGCGGGGCCUGCCCAGUCGCAGGCACACUGAGGUGGCCGUCUGGCUCCGGCUGCUGCAGCACGUCCCAUCCUGCACCCCUGGGCUUCAGUGCGUGGUCCAGGAGUGGCAGAGCCGGGCGGUGAAGAACUGCAGCGGGACGGCUUUUGGAGAACACUUCAUCUGCUCCCUGCAAGAUGCUGAGGUGGAUAGGAGCACCCUGAAGCUGGAGGUCCAACAUUUUGACAAAUACUCCAGAAGUGCCACACUAGGGGAAGUCAGGGUUGCCUUGAGCCAGCUGAGGGCUUCCCAGAGCCUGAUUUUGUGUGCAGAGCUGCAGAAGACCACAAAGGACAUCGUGGGAGAGGUGCUGCUGUCACUGAGGUGCCUGCCCAUCUCCCAGAGGAUGGAGGUCGGGCUGCUCAAGGCAAAAACCACCCCUCCUUGCAGCGCUGCAGAGAAGAGCAUAUACGCAAGGAUAGAUGUUUCCUGCAGACGCCACAAGCAGAAGCACCAGAAAUCCAGGCCGCAGGCGCACACCUCGCUCAUCAUUUUCAACGAGACCUUCCUGUUCCCCAUGCCCCAGGCUGCAGCAUGGGAUUGCUCUGUGCUCAUCUCCCUUUAUGAAGUGGGCCCCGAGCCCAAGCACCUCAUCGGGCAAGCCAGUGUGGGCAGGAGCAUGGCGAGGGACGCGGCUGACCACUGGGACCUCAUGGCCAAGUCCAUCCAGCAGCCUGUAGCCCAGUGGCAUCCUCUCCUCAUUUAGGGGGGAAGACUUCUGCUGCAGCUCUUUGCGGUGGUCCAGAUGAGUUAGUUUAUUUUGCACAAAUGAGCAGCAUUCACUGUGAAUAUAUCUAAAAGAUGAGUCAGAGUUUGACGUUCUUGGUAAGACAGAGAGAACUUCUCAUUUAGUUUCCUCCUACUGCUUCUGGUGCUCUUGAUGGUCCCAUGUCACCUUCAGUAGAGCAGCAAAAUCUCAGCAGUGCCUGGGGCUGGAGGAGACUUGUCCCUGUGGCAGGAAAUGGUGCCUGCCCUGCAGUGCCCACUGCUCUAAGUAGGCAAGAGGAAAAAGGGAUGGGAGGAGAAGGAGUCCCUGCUCCUAUUUACGAAAUAAGGAGCCACCGAAAGGUGAACUGAUUUGCCUCAGCUCAAACCAUAUAUGCGUGCUGGGAUGGAUGUGCUGACAGAUCUGGGUAUGCUUGCAUCUGUACCUAUCUCAUCUCUUUCUGAAUUUUGACGUUUUUUGGCCUUGGAGAAUUUCUGGGACACAUUCAUUGUAUGUUGUGGGUGCAAAUAAAUAAAUGUCAAGGCAAAAAGA